CGCUUGGUUUUCAUCCGUAUCGCUGCGCCUGGCAGUUUAUAGCUGUUUCAAGGUGUUGUCGCAUUCAUUUGGACAUCACUGCGUCGCCUCGUCACCGCGCGGUCGCGAGAAAGGAUGCCGCGAAGGCUGCUCAUCAAUGCUGCAUGCUUAACCUUGCCCUUGCUGAGUGAUGCGCUGUCUCUCACAGGACUGCUGAAACGAAGUAGGAAUCGUGCACGCGGCCGACGUGUGCUCGAGGACUUUUCUACGCCCUGGCAACUGGACAUUCGCAAGGGUUCGACCGGCGUGCUUUAUGCCGAGGAAGCUGGCGCGCAAAAACCAGUCAAUUGGGCGUUCCUGAGCUGCGGUCGUGUGGCUCACGACUAUGCGAAUGCGCUCCGAUGCGUCGACGGCGCCAAGCCAUACGUCGUGGCAACGCGGUCUGCAGACGACCUGCCGCGAGCGGAGGCGUUCCGGGACAGGCAUGGUUUCGAAAAGGCGGUCGGGACGUACUCCGAAGCACUCUUGGACCCGAACGUGGAUGUGGUCUACCUCUCAUCGCUGCAUUCGGCGCGCGUUGAGCAUGUCACUGCCAUCCUUGAAUGUGGCAAGCACUGCGUCGUCGAGAAGCCGCUUGCGUGCAACGGCGCUGACGGCAGGCGGCUCGUCGAGCUGGCACGGUCGAAGAACGUAUUCAUGAUGGAAGGAAUGUGGACCCGCUGCUUUCCGGCCGUCGAACACGCGCGACGGUUAAUAAAUGACGGCACGAUUGGCGCCGUCACCGCCGUGAUCUCCGAUUUUGGGUUCGAUGCAGCCGAUUCAGGCGUAUACCCCACAGAUAUGAACGAUCCGUCAACUGGAGACCCAAUCUACUUUUCAAAACUUGGCGGUUCUGCAUUGCUCUGGGCGGGGCCGUAUCCCAUUGCGGCUGGUCUACUUCCCUUUGGCGCAACGGAACCGCGGAGCGUCGCUGCUGCUGGCGUCGUCGAUCCAACGGGUGUGGACCUAUCGUGCGGCCUCACCUUAUCGUACGCCGCGCCGGGCGGCGUCCCGGUGCCCCAGAAGGCUGGCACUUGCCCGCCGCGCGGCGCGACCGUUAGCUUGUACACAGCGAUCGACGCCGAAUCGGCGGAGACAACGACCUACAUUGGGCAGAAGGGUCGCAUCACGGUACUGCCUCCCGCGCAUUGUCCGACAAAACUACGCGUCGAGCUCAAAGGCAAGGGCAGGGGAAACGCGAGGGUGACAGAAUUUGAAUUUCCCUUUCCAGAGCCGAAACGGCCCUUCGCGCCCGUCCCCGGCGGCGGCGAAGACGAUGUUUUCUUUUACCCGAACUCGCACGGGUUUGCGUACGAGGCCGCGGCCGUGACGCGAUGCCUCAAUGCCGGCCUGACGGUGUGCCCCUGUGUGAAAAUCAAGUUUCGCGGCGCUUCUCGCAUACGGCUGAAUCUUGCACUUGACUCACUGUUUGAUUUCCACACAGGAGUGCCCACAGUACACGCUAGACGAAACGCUCCGAGCACUCUCGCUCGUCGACGCAGCGCGGAAAGCCAUGUCCGAGCCAAAUUCCGAGUCAUGACAGUAAGUAUUAACAGUACC